UGACAGAGGAGCAAGAUCCUUGUGUUACACCUGACAGAGGAGCAAGAUCCUUGUGUUACACCUGACAGGGGAGCAAGAUCCUUGUUACACCUGACAGGGGAGCAAGAUCCUUGUGUUACACCUGACAGAGGAGCAAGAUCCUUGUGUUACACCUGACAGAGGAGCAAGAUCCUUGUGUUACACCUGACAGAGGAGCAAGAUCCUUGUUGCACGUGGCGUAGGAGCAAGAUCUUUGUUGCUUGUGACGGAGGAAUAAGAUCCUUGUGUUGCACGUGACGUAAGGGCAAAAUCCUUGUGUAACAAGUAACAGAGGAGCAAGAUAACACGGGAACAAAAUCCUACCGCCAUAAAAGGAGGAGUAGGACUAGCGAAGAUGAUGUCAGCAUGGUACAUGGUGAUGGCGGUGCUGGUGGUCACUGUGACUUGCACCUCGGCUGUCGUCUUCCCACCGCCUGCUGCCAACGAGGCAGAUGUGUCUUACUGGUACAACUUGAUGAGGCAUGAGCUGUAUGAAGCCAUGGAGAGGCCCAAGAACACCAAGAAGGCCAAGAAUAUUUUAUUCUUCCUUGGUGACGGCAUGGGAGUGACGGUCUCCACGGCAGGACGGAUCCUCAAGGGACAGAAGCAUGGAGUGUCGGGAGAGGAGGGAUUCCUGGUCUGGGACAGGUUUCCUAACGUAGGUCUCCUUAAGACUUACAACCUGGACAAGCAGGUAUCAGACAGCGCUGCGGCAGGGACCGCCUACCUCACUGGAGUGAAAGGCAACUUUGAGACAAUAGGUGUGACAGGCAACGUCAAGCUGAUGGACUGUAGCGCCUCCCUCCUCCCAGAGAACAGGCUCGACUCCAUCGUCAAGUGGGCCCAAGAUGCUGGCAAAGCAACAGGUAUAGUGACGACCACGCAAGUGACCCACGCUUCUCCCGCUGCUCUCUACGCUAAAACAGCGUUCCGUGAGUGGCAGUGUGACACCAAGAUGAUUGCUGCCAACGUUACUCAUUGUAAGGACAUCGCUCGUCAGCUGGUCGAGGACGAACCUGGCAGAAAUCUGAACGUGAUUAUGGGUGGAGGUCGGCAGGAGAUGGGUGCGCCGCUCCUGCCGGCGAAGCCCCGGUGUCCCAGGUCUGACGGCAGGAACUUGGUGGAGGAGUGGAAGCAGGACAAGGAGGACCGUGACGCCACCUACGCUUACGUUACCAACACACGCCAGCUCCGUGAUGUUGACUUCAAAUCCACCAACUAUCUAAUGGGACUGUUCGGCGAGCGUCACACGCCACACCAGGUAGACCGUGACGACAGUCUUGACGGGACUCCCAGCUUGAAGGAGAUGGUGUUGUCUGCGAUAGCUGUGCUGCAGAACUCUCCUGAAGGAUUCUUUCUCAUGGUGGAGUCUGGUGCUAUAGACCUGGCGCUGCACUAUAGUCAGCCCAGACGUGGCCUGGAGGAGCUGGUUCAUUUCGACGAGACAGUGGAAGCUGCUCUGAAGACGAUAGAUCUGGACGAUACUCUAGUUAUUGUUACUGCUGACCACUCCCACGCCAUGACCCUCACCGGCUACCCACCCAGGGGCAAUGAUAUCUUCGGUUUGGUGCAUGAUAACGUGUACGUGACUGAUGGUCUGCCUUACACCACCCUCAUGUUCACCGCUGGUCAGGGUUACAACUACACCUGGGACGGACAAAAGGUGGUGAGGCCCAACCUGACAGGUGUGGACACGGGGCACAAGGACUACGUGUCCCUUGCAGCCAUACCCACCGAGACUGGUGAGGAGGCGCAUGGCGGGGAGGAUGUCGCUGCCUUCGCUAUAGGUCCCAUGAGCCACUUAUUCCAUCGCACACAUGAGCAGACCUACGUGGCCCAUGUCAUGGCCCUCUCUGCAUGUAUUGGGCCAUACGCAACAAACUGUGUUCAGUCCCCAGAAAUAGACCCCUUGGAAAGUAACACUAUUAACGUCAGUGACCCUGAGGAAACCACUGUUGACAACCUCGACAGCAACCCCGAGGAAAGUACCACUGACAGCCACGUCCACGUCAAAGACCUGAAGAGGCGUGCAUUGCACUUCAAGACCUCGGCUACACACUCCUAGUCCCAUCCCAGCCUGGACUAGCUACUCACGCCUUUUUUUCAUUUUACUUCUUAGGCAUCCCCAAAAGGGUAUUUUACAGUGAUUGCUUGAAAUUUUCACAUCCUCCAGGGUUUUCAUUUAUAACCUGAGAGUCUCAUGAGAUCAACUUUAAAUUUUCAACACUCGUGGACUGUAGCUAGGAAAAGGCUCAUGCCGUUAUGGGCUUGAGCAAGUACCUUUGGUAAGUGCUAUAUAAACAGUUCCCAGUCUUGGCAUCUGUGUGACAACUUGUGAAAGCCUCUGCUGUUGAGUUUCAUACUAUCAACACUGGUGCACCAGCUCAUGUAGCACUCGAAGUGUUUUUACACAAAUCAGAGUUGCACUUAAUUUAUUAAAUAUAUAUAAUUUGUAACAAGUUAUUGCAUGAAUUAUAACUUUAAAUGUCAUUGUACUCAAAUUUCUUGUCUCUA